CCAAAAUGGACGAGGCGCCAAAUUCGUGUUUUAAAAAAUAGCAAUGCACCAACCUAGAUUAGCUUACCAGCUAACGUAGCGUUAGCGUUAGUCGGGUGUAGGAAUGCCAGUUUUCACCUAAGUUAGCUGAUAAAAGUGUUUAGCUAGCGUAUACUAGCCAUGCAUUAUAUACUUUGUCGAGCGUUUGACUAUCUUUCGCUUUCUAGGUCCGUUAAUUAGUUAUAAUUUUCAUAUACCUACGUGUUGUCAAGUAGUUGACAUUAGCAGUUGUGGCAGCAGGUGGCUAUCGUCUGCACACUGAACAAAACGGGCGAGACGAGAGGCGGAGCCAGAGGCAGCGUGAGGGGAAGCGGCCGGACCUGCAGCGCUACCAGCCGACCCCGGGGCACACCCACCGGCAGAGAGACGGCGGGGAGGCCGCCAAGCAGGCCCCCCAGAAGCCGGACCAGCCCGAGACGGCGGGAGACUCCCCACCAGCCUCGGACGCUAAAAUGGAGGCUGACGCCAAGGCGCAACAGGGAAGCGCCGACACCGGGGUCCGAGACGCCGACUGUUGCCAGGACGCCAGCCGAGGAAACUGUCUGGCCGCCGUUCCCAAGGGCCUCGGCGCUGACCGCGGCCAGCUUUCCGGCGGAGGCUGCGGCGGUUCCGCGAAUCCCAGAGCCCCGAAAGCCGGUGCGGACCUCGGCGGCCGGCACGAUUCCCUUCACCGCGCGCGGAACGACUCCUCGGGCUCGAGCGGCCAGCAGCAGGACUGCCCUGACCCCAUCGCCAACGCCAGCGUCGGCGUGUCCCAGUCUCCUAAACCGGCGCGGCGGGUUCGCAAGCCCGACCGCGAGAUAUACCAGCCGGGAGGCAGGCGGUCGCAGCAUCAGCAGCAGGGCGCCAGAGACACGGCUUCCGGCAAAGAGGAGCCGAAAAAGGUCAGCCAAGCCUUUAAGGAUGAUGGUGAGAGGGAGGAUCCUGGCGGGGGAAAACAGAGGGAGGACAGAACAAGGGUAAAGGACGGGAAAGAGGCGGAGGCAAAGAAGCCGGGGCAGAAAGCGGAGCAGGGGAAAGGAAAGAGGGAACCCUGUGAUGCGCCCGCUGCACAGGAGUCCAGCACUGCUGCUGAAAACCUCUCCGGCAGGGUGGAGAGGCUGAGCAUCAGUGCUCCGGCAGGGGGAGAGGCUGAGGGGAAGAGAGGAGGAGGAGGGGGCGAGGAGGCAGGGGGCAGGAGGAGGAAAGCGGGGAUGGAGGGAAAGAGAAACAGAGCAGGGGGAGGGGGGGCACAAGGGGGGGAGGAAAACGCCGAAAAGGCAGAGAGAAAGGGCAGGGGAGGUCGGAAGAACCGGGGAGGAGAGAGGGAGGCGGACCGGGAGCCAAAGAGGAGGAGCGGAGGAGGGGAGAGGGCCAGGGCCGCGGGGGAGAGGGAGACGGCGGAACAGGAGGACGAGCGAGAGAGGGACAGAGAGAGAGCGAGGGACGCAGGAGGGAUCAGAGACAGAGAGAGGGAACGAGAGACACCCAAGGACAGAGACCGACCCAAAGAAAGGGAUGGGGACAGAGACCGGCCCAAAGAAAGGGACGGGGACAGAUACAGGGUGAGAAACAGGCCAGGGGAGACAGAGCAGGCCCAGGAGGCGAGAGGCAGGCCCCAGCUCGGCAGUAAGGCCAGCCUGGCCUCCAAACGCUACUCCAAGUCGGACAAACGGCGGCCGCGGACCUACAGCACCAGCUCGGCCAGCAGCGGCACCAGCAUGGACGGCCCCGCGGACCGGGGUCCAGGGGGAAAGGGCGUGGGUUCCUGGCCCGGGUCGUCGGGGAAGGACAGAGGGGAACGCAGAGAGGACUGGGGGAGAGGACCCCAACCCCAGCAAAACAGGAGAGCGGUGAGAGACUUCUCCUCCACAGACUCUCUGGAGGAGUGCGAGACGGGCCGGCAGGGGGGCAGGAGGAGGGCCGCCAGCGAGAGGGACCGGUUCGGGGAGGAGGACUGGAGCCCCGACAGGAGGCCCAGAGAGGGCCGCGCUCACAGAGGAGGCCCCGGCCCGAAGAACGCGGUCGGCGGGAUCCUGAGGGUGUCCUUCGACAAGCCUUCGGCCGCCUCCCACGAGUCCUCAGACGACCCGCACCGGAGAGCGGAGGCGGGGCCUAGGGGCCGGGGGCGGGGCAUCCUCAUACUGCCCGCCCACACUAACAUCACCGCGUCCCCGGAGCCCGGGCCCAGGCUGCUGGUGGGCGGAGCCAGGGGCGGGGUCGGUCAGGGCAGGGCCAGGGGAGGUCGUGGGGGAGCCCUCAGGAGGCUGUGGGACCCAAACAACCCCGACCAGAAGCCGGCCCUGACGCGCGGCCAGCAGUUCCAGCAGUCGCCGCACCUGCAGCAGGGAGGCUACGGCCAGCUGCACUUCCUGGACACUGACGACGAAGCCGCAGGGAGUCCUCCCGUCCGCCAGGGGGACCCCUUCCAAAACUUCCCCGGUUCCCAGCAAGCUGUUGCCAUGAACGCAGCGGCCAUGGCCUUCUACAAGUUUCAAAAUUCGGACAACCCGUAUUGCUACCCAAUGGCGUCUAAUGCCUCUAGUCGCUACCCGUACCCGUACCACCUCCCCUACCAGAUACCCAGCACCAAUGGCAUCUACCCUGGCCCGGCCACAGCCUCCUACUAUGCUGGGUUUGGCCAGGCUCCCGGCUCCCAGGGCUACCCCCCGGCCACGAGCCCGCUGACCCCAGAGGAGAUGGAGGUGCAGGCCCGGAGCGAGCUGGUCAAGCUGCUCCGUGUGGCUGACAGUCAGGAGCUGCAGCUCAGCAACCUGCUGUCCCGUGAUAGGCUGAGCCCGGAGGGACUGGACAGGAUGACUCAUCUCAGGGCUGAGCUCCUGUCUCUGUACGAGCGAGUCAUUCUGACGGACAUCGAGUUCUCGGACUCGCAGAAUCUGGACCAGGCUCUGUGGAAGAACGUGUUCUACCAGGUGAUCGAGCGCUUCCGGCAGCUUCUGAAGGACCCGGCGGCGGACACCGCCCCCAGGAUCAGGAACAUGCUGCUCACGCUGCUGGAUGAGGGGGCUGUGUUCUUUGACGCACUGCUGCAGAAACUGCAGACCGUGUUCCAUUUCAAGCUGGAGGACUACAUGGACGGCCUGGCCAUACGCGCACGCCCAUUACGCAAGACGGUGAAGUACGCCCUGAUCAGCGCUCAGAGGUGUAUGAUCUGUCAGGGCGACAUCGCCAGGUACCGCGAGCAGGCCAGCGACUCCGCCAACUACGGCAAGGCUCGCAGCUGGUACCUGAAAGCACAGCAAAUAGCGCCCAAGAAUGGCCGACCCUACAACCAGCUGGCUCUGCUGGCGGUGUACACGAAACGGAAGCUGGAUGCUGUGUACUACUACAUGCGCAGCCUGGCAGCCAGUAACCCCAUACUGACUGCCAAGGAGAGCCUGAUGAGCCUUUUCGAGGAGACCAAACGCAAGGUUGAGCAGCUGGACCGCCGUCAGCAGCGGGACUCGGAGGGCGGUUCCCGGGGCCCCAGGAGCGGCACGGGGCGCGGGGAGGAGGCGGCGCGGGUGGAGAUCUGGAUACGCCCCAGCGGACCCACAGGGAACGCGUCCCGCACCGGGAGCGAGUCGGGGCGGGACUCGGAGCAGGACGGAGAGCUGGGGGCUCUCAGCGCCAGCGACCUCAACAAGAGGUUCAUCCUGAGUCUCCUGCACGCUCACGGGAAGCUCUUCACCAGAGUGGGCAUGGAGACCUUCCCGGAGGUGGCUGGUCGGGUCCUUCAGGAGUUCCGCGCCCUGCUGCAGCACAGCCCCUCCCCCCUGGGCAGCACCCGCAUGCUGCAGAUCGUCACCAUCAACAUGUUCGCCGUGCACAACGCCCAGAGCCGGGGUGAGGACGGCCCGGGGGAAGCUCGCUCGGUGCAGCAGGAGCAGACCACCGCUCUGGGGCUGGCCAUGUUCGGCCUGCUGGUGCGCCGCUGCACAGAGCUGCUCAAGGACACGCCCACAGCCCCCCCGCCGCUGGAGGAGGCAGAGGAGGGUGAGGAAGGGGAGGCGGAGGGCAUGGUCCGGGUGUCCUCGUUCCCGGCCGACCUGAGGGAGCUGCUGCCCAGCGUGAAGGUGUGGUCAGACUGGAUGCUGGGCCACCCAGAGCAGUGGAACCCCCCGCCGUGCGGCCUGCCCUCCCCUGCGGGCUCCAGUCCCGACGUGUGGCAGUGUCUGGCAGACCUGUGCAACGCGCUGGCGUGCGUCUACCACGGGGAGGCGCCGCUGUACAAGGCGGACGGGGACGAGGACCUGCGGCUGCUGCUGCUGGAGGAGGACCGGCUGCUGGCCGGCUUCGUGCCCCUGCUGGCCGCCCCGCAGGAGCCCUGCUACAUCGACGCCACCGCCAACACCGCCAUCGCUGCGGACUGCAAGCGCGUGACGGUGCUCAAGUACUUCCUGGAGGCUCUGUGUGGGCAGGAGGAGCCACUGCUGGCCUUCAAGGGUGGAAAGUAUGUGUCGGUGGCCACACUCCCACCUCCCGGCCUGGGAACGGAAGCCGGGAGCCACCGGGGAAAACAAGCAGACAAUCAGGACGAUGAUGUCAUCGUGGAGGCGGAGUCGUCGCAGUCGGAGUGCGACGCCGAGCCGGAGGGCGGGGCCAGCGGCAGCGAGGACGACAUCCGGGAGCUGCGGGCGCGACGCCACGCCCUGACACACGAGCUGGCACAGCAGCAGAGACGCCGCGACAAGAUCCAGGCCGUGCUGCAGACCUGCCGGCAGCUGGAGCUGGAGAUCCGGCCGCUCUUCCUGGUGCCCGACACCAACGGCUUCAUCGACCACCUGGCCGGCCUGAGGAAGCUCAUGACCUGCGGGCUCUACAUCCUGGUGGUGCCCCUCAUCGUGAUUACGGAACUGGACGGGCUGGCCAAGGGGCAGGACAACCGCGGGGGCGCGGGCGGGGCGGGCGGCUCCAGCGGGGCCCACGCGCGGGGGGUGCAGGAGCGGGCCAAGGCGGCGGUGGGCUUCCUGGAGCAGGCCUUCGAGGCACGGGAGCCCUGCCUGAGGGCCCUGACCAGCCGGGGGAACCAGCUGGAGUCCAUCGCCUUCCGCAGCGAGGACACCUCCGGCCAGCAGGGGAACAACGAUGACCUCAUCCUGUCCUGCUGCCUGAACUACUGCAAAGACAAGGCCAAGGACUUCAUGCCCACACAGAGAGAUGAACCGGUGCGUCUGCACAGAGAGGUGGUCCUGCUGACCGACGACCGCAACCUGCGGGUCAAGGCCCUGACCCGGAACGUCCCGGUGCGCGACAUCCCCGCCUUCCUCAGCUGGGCCAAAGUGGGCUGAACCAGGACCGGCACGGGUCAGCCACAAGUACUACAGCAACAGCAGCGGCCACGCAACGCGCGGAGGAAGAGUAACUCCAGACCAAGACUGAGAGAGAGGAAGAAACGCAAGCUUUUUUUAAAAAUAAAAAAAAACAUGCAGAAUGGGGGCAAUCGGGGAAGAAUGACAUUUUUUGGAAUGUGAAGAAAAAAAAGCUUUUUUUUCCUCUAGGCCGAGAGCAAAAAAUAAAAGCACCUGACUUGAGGAGGAUAGAUAGAUUGAGUUUAAAAUGAGAGGAGUCAGACUGGAGGGACUCACGGAACAGAUGCAAGAAAGAGAACGUGUGAUUUUGAGAGUCUCAGAUCUCGCUGUUGUAUGUGCAGUGUGUGUCUGCAAGCUAUAAAUGACCUGAAGGAACGGCGGAGAGAGAACGAGAGAGAGAGAGAGGGAGGGAGAGGGAGCAAGCAAAUGAAUUGAGUGAGGAAGAGGAGGGCAAGGGUCCAAGUCUGAGGAAGAUUAACGCCCAGUGUCGGUCGCUGCGGUGACCAAAAAAGAAAGAUUGGGAAGCAGUGAAGAGAAGAGGACAGGGGCAGAGGUUUGAGGGCAGCUGUGUUAAGUACAGGCUGCCUGUCUGUCUGUCCAUCUGUCUGCCUGUCUGUCUGUCUCCUAUCGGCUGUGGCAGGCUGCGCCACAGUGCGCAUAUACUAUCGGGGUUUUAUUUGCUAUUUUUGUGCUUUUUUUCGUUUUAUUUUUCGCUUUUGCUUUUUUUGGUCAGGGGCAGGGCUCUUUUCAUUCGCUUUCUCUUCCGUUUUUAUUUUCGAAGCCAGAGUGAAGUCGCACUGACCAAAUGUCAUUUCCAAGGCCCAUGUAGACAAGUUCGUAGACGCCCGUUUACCACCUUCUCUUUUAUAGUUGCAGGGUUUUUUCUUUUUGUUUUGCUGUGGGUGAGUGUCAGGGACACUGGCCUCCAACGGACAGUGGUCUGGAUGUUAGUUUUGGGGGCGGGUCAGUCUGUGUCUCUCGAGCCAAUCAGCAGCGAUUGUUUGGAAACGUUGGAGCGGGAACAGUUACCGCGGGCAGAGUUUCCGCGGCUUCGCUGUCCCGGAUUUUGGCCCCAGAGGCUUUCAGUUUGCGACCGCGGCUUGUUCUCGAACGUUAACGAGGUGGCACUUCGCCGCUCGCCGCCGCCGAUCGGAGAGCCCUGCUGCUUUUCCCCGAGCAGCUUCAGAUCGCGUAGCGCAGACAUGGCGGAGCAGCGCGAGCAGGACCAUGGCGAGAGGCUCGCAUUGGAGACGCACAGCACUGAAUUAGAGGAAGGAGAAAACAUCGGCUGUCUGAGCCCGGCCGAGGAAACACGGGCCGCUCCGCUCCCCCGUCAGAGAGCCGUGAGCCGGGCCGGAGGGGGCGCCGCACUCACAUUUCGGGAGGGGCCGAAGUCAUCGGGAGCUUGUAAAUACGGAGCAGCGCCUUUGGCAGAGGAGCGUCCCGCCCCCGCAUCCUGCCAGCUGGCUUCCUGUCCGCCGGGGACGCGGGAACGCGACGGUGCGGUCCAGCAGCCCUUCUUCAGCGGGCCCGCCGCUGUGCGCUCUCCCGCCUCCCACCGCUCGUUUCGCCCGGGCAGGCUCCGCCCACACUGGGCAGACUGCUGGGGGGGGGGGCGGCAUGUUUUAAUGUAGGCCGUGGCAGUGAAAACAAAAAAAGGUGGUGUGAAUAUGGGAAGAUAUAUCCCCCUUAUGGCGUUUCUUCUGAUGAUAUAAAUCACAUCACAGCGUGCUGGACGUUUGGCUGGAUAAAUGCAUGCAGGCUGGCUUGCAGCGGCUUCGCUGUGCAGGGCCUUUUCCAGUCAGAAUGCAGAAGGCUCAGCGUUUCAUUCGCUUCAGUAGUGAAGGCAUAAUGAGCUUGCUUAAAUUGUGAUGUCAUAAUGAGCUUGUUUAAUCUGUGGUGUCAUGUGCUCAUUUAAAUUUCGAUGUCAUAAUGAGCUUGCUUCAUUUGUGAUGUUAUGUGCUCAUUUAAAUUGUGAUGUCAUAGUGAGCUUCUUUAAACUGUGACAUCUUGUCUGAGUGGCCUGCUGCUGCAUAAGGGGUUGGUCUGUCAAAGAGAAUGCAUUGCAGUGUGAGGACUGUGCCAUAUUGUGAACCGAGGGUAUCAUGACACAGUGGAUUUGCUGAAAGCAGGUUUAUGUGGACGAUGGAUUUUUUCCAACCUCUGGUGUUUAUGUCUGCAUGCAAAAUCUUCUAAAGAGUAGGAGAACACAGAGCACAUGUAUUGGUCACUGUAGUUUAAAUGUGAAUGUGUGUGUUUGUGUAUGUGUGCGCGCUUGUUUGUGAUUGUGCGUGUGCAUGUUUGUGGUUGUGCGUGUGAAUGUUUGUGUGUAUGUGUUGUGUAUGUAUGUCUGUGUGUGUGUGUGUGCGUAUGUGUUGUCUGUGUAUGUAUGUCUGUGUGUGUGUGUGUGUGUGUGCGCGCGCGUAUGUGCUGUCUGUGUGUACACACUGAGCAGUUCUCAUUGCCAUUCAUUUCCCUUGACCCUGGUGCGACCCGCUGUUUCUUACUGUGACAAUGACCGCGUGGUCAGCUGCGCAGGCCAGACUGCCCCGGUCCUUCUUAACCCCGCCCUCUGCCCCGGGGUUCACUGUCCUCUCCCAGGCCCCGCCCCAACCCCGCCCCAGACAGCUAACGAGCCCCCACCUCCUCCCACCUCUCCUAAACCGGCGUCCCUCUUAGCGCUAGCGCUGCGUGAGCACCUAGAUCUUGUGAAGGCGUGCGCACAGCACCAGUAUGAAGGACUGAGCCCCUGCAUCCCUGCACAGCUAAUGGACCACGCAGCCUCGCUCAUGCAGUCAGCCCAUUGCCUCACUGCCACAGGUCUCUCUCCAGAGAGCGCAGCACGGGCAUCAGCCUCACUGCCACAGGUCUCUCUCCAGAGAGCGCAGCACGGGCAUCAGCCUCACUGCCACCUGCGCGGAGCCCAGCGCUAGCCUCAGCCCCGCUGCCCGACGCCAGGCUUCGGCAUUGUUCACCCGCGUCAUCGAGCAGCGACCCCGCUGUCAGCCCUGCUCAUUCUGCGUUUCUUUUUGGAGAAACGGAGGGCGGAGUUAGCGCUAAGCGCCUCUGUGGCGUCUGAAACAGCGGAGCUCGGACCGGGAGCCCGGCGUUCAGACCGCCGCCUCACACUGCCACCCUUGCAGCGCAGCUAACGGCUAAACCGGCGUCAGAGCUAUCCCCGCUCGAGCCCACCGCGAUGGCGCUGCCCCUCUCCCUCACACUCUUCACGCGCCCCCAGCGCCCGCUUUUAUGUAUUUAUGGACCUUUUAUUUUGUUUUAUUGCCACUUUUUUAGAGGCCCCUGCCGCCGUUACUCGUUUCUGUUUUAUCAGCGUUCGUCGUGUUUGAAACUGUGGAGGGGUGGGGGUGGGGGUGUGGGGUGGGGUGGGGGGUGGGGGGGCUUUGUGCUUGAAAUCACUCAUCGGUUUUGAUAUUAUUAUUAUUAGCAUUACCGCUGACUCGCCGUCGUGUAGGAACUCAUUUCAUUUUCAGUUUUUCACUCUCCCACGGUGCUGUGUGUGCGCUUGUGUGUGUGCGUGUGUGUGUGUGUGUGUGUGUGUGUGCGCGUGUGUGUGUGCGUGUGUGCCUCUGCUGUGGAUAGACCGGAUUCCGGUUUACUACGUAUGAUUGAUGUCGGAUUGAGUUGCUUGCAUGUAGACUCCUUUGGUCAUUAACACAGUCUGCAUCACCAUGUGACUGCACAUGCGUCAGAAUACACUUCAGCAAAGGCAUUGUGUCGCACAGUUUGGGAUGUCACCAGGAAAUGGUUCAGUUGUUAGUGGGUGUGUCCAUGCGGUUGUGCGCACACGCGUGUGUAGGGGCGUGAUGCGCCCCUGUACUGGCGUGUGAUUGGCCGUCAGCCCCGUUACCUUUCCAUACCCCAACCCUGUCCCAUCACUCGAUCUGUCCCUCUGCCGGACUCCAUUACCCAACACCCAUCAGCGUGUUCCAGAAUCCGCUUGCUUUGCAGUACUUUUAAAUGUUCUUUAUGCUUUUCUCAAUAAACGUUUUCUUUAAAGAA